AUGCCAACUCCUCUUCUGGCCCACCCCAGCAUGCUCCACCUUGUCAAACGCGUGCACCACACUUCACUGAGCCUGCUCGACACCUUGCUCGACAUUUUCGUGCACCCGGACACGCCCGAGGACGCGACGCCCAGACGUGCCAGUGACGUGCACGCGCGCGCCAGAGCGUGCACGGCGAACGCCACGGUGCACGCAUCGCCUCGACGUUCUGUGCCUUCCCCGGACCCCCUCUCUCGCCACGAGUCUCGCCGCAACACGGGGAACACGAAGGACACGCUGACAUGGCCGACCCGUGCCCGCCGCCGCCGGAGACGACGACACAAUCCCGCCGCAUCCGCGCCAGUACGCGCCAUCGCCCGACCGUCGUACGCCUCGCCGUACCGCGCCAUUAAUGCCCCAAGGACUGCCAUGACGUCGCCUACUUCCUGCAUCCCUUCCUCGCUCCUUCGCUGCUGUGGACCGACGACCCCGCCGUUGACCUCGCCCGCGCCCCGCAGCACCUCGAGCGCCUAUAAAAGGAGAGCUCAUCCUCCUCAUCUGAGCACGCCCCUCGACUUCCCUCCCUCCUCUGAGCCUCCUCGCACUCUCUCCCCUCAACAUUGCGCACCACCACCGCUCAAUUGCACCAUCGCCGCCCGUGCUCCGCCGCAGAAGCCGCCGGAGCUAGAAGCCACCCCAGGACCUGCGACUUGUUCGAGAAGCACCACCGUCGUCAACAACCUCCGCCUGCCUCGUCGCCGACCCUCGCCGGAGUCCCUGCUCGCCGCCGACCCCAUGCUCCGCCGUGCCAGCAGCUCUCCUCUCGUCGAUGACAAUGACGAUCCUCCCCCGUUCGAUCUGCUUCUGAUCUAA